AUGAAGAUAAACGAAGAAGUUUGGGUCGUUGUAAGUGGAAUCAAGUACAAACUGGGAGUGUUCAAAGUGGAUGAGGACUGGAUGCCUUUCAAUCCAUUUAAGAUCAAAUAUAAUUUGGAUACAAAGGAGGAAGAUGAUGAUGAAGAAGAUGAGGAAGUCGUAUCAGAUACUUGGGAGAAAAUUGAUAGGGAUCUCAAUGAAGGCGAGAUCGGGCAAGCGGAGAUGGACCAACCGGUUAUUGCUUUGGUGGUUGAGGACGAGAUGGGGAACAUUGUGAAUUCUCCGGCAAGUGGUGCUUCUCUGAUCGAUCUUAAUAACGAAGCAGCUGAGGUGACAUCGAGGGUGGAUGGGUGCUUGCUUCUGAUGGAAGUCGAGAAAAGACAGAUCUAUCUUUCUCUCACUAUCUAUCUCUCACGUCGUCACACAUCUACAUCUUCGUUUCCCCGGAGUACACCUCCAUCGCCGAUCUCAUUUUGCUUUGCUUUGUCGAUUGAAGAUUUGAACGGAGUAGUGCCCCCUGUCGAUCAUACAUCCGAUCGAAUAUCUAAUUGGAGAAGACGAUCCUUUGUCGAUCGAAUAUAUGUUUCCGGUGUUUCCCCUCAACAUCCUUCUUCUAUGGCGUUGAAUCUUACAGUGAUGCAUCAUCUCCUUCCCGACAUACCGAUAAGUGAAGAUAUCCUACAAUCAUUAAAGACUUCCAAUCCAGUGACCUAUGAAUUACUCCGAUAUGUUCAAAGAUACUGCUUAUUUGUGUUUAAGUUUCUUAAUCUAGAGAUUUUCCUCCACCGGAAGUUGCCUAAACAAAGAUUUAGUUGCUUUGUUUUAAUAUCAAGGAUUUUACUGGAGUUCUAGCUGUAGUUGACCUUGCUUGUAUAUGAGAUGCUAUGAACAGACUCAGUGGUGACUCCAAGAAGAUCAAUCCAUUGGUGCCAGUAGACCUUGUGAUUGACCAUUUAGUUCAAGUUGAUGUUUCAAGAAGUGCAAAUGUUGUUCAAGCAAACAUGUACCUUGAAUUUCAACACAACGAUGAACGUUUUUCCUUUCUGAAAUGGGGAUAACAUGCUUUUGACAGCAUGUUUUUCUAGUAUUGUUCACCAGUGAAUUGAACUUGGAAUUCCUUUCCUGAAACCAGUUCAAAAGAUUCCACCAAUGUGGAAUAGACUUUCAUGGCCAUGAUUGCUUCCAUCAAAGAUUUUGAAGAAUUUGUGGAAAAUAUUGAAGAGGUGAAAAGUGAAAAAUCGAAGAAAAUAUGGAAAUUUUGAUAUGAAGAAAUGAUCAUACUGUGAAUCUUUGUAGUUUUUUUUUUAUCGAAUAAAAUACUUGUAGUAUUAUGUUUAUAGAUUGAUUAAUAAAAAAUGAGGUUUUUUAUGAUUUA